AUGAGUAGUGGGUAUAGAGUUCAUGAUGACGAUGAGUCGUCACAGAAUUCUCAUGAUGGAAAUCAUUCUGCAAGCAAUAGCAUUGCAAACAUUUUGUUGACACAAGAUCCCAGUGACUACAGUGAGGCGGAGGAGGUGGCAGUUGAUGAUGUAGUUUAUGAGGAAGAGAUGGCAAAUGAAUCAGAGGAGGAGCUUGGAGAAGACUUAUAUGGUGACAACUUUAUGAACGAUUACAAUAAGAACCCUGAAUUAGAUAAGUAUGACCCUGAGAUGUUGGACGACACUCAUUAUGAACAUGAUAUUGAAGCAAAGAGAAGAGCGGAUUUGGCUCUGGAUCGAAUGGAAUUGGAGAAGUCCCACGAAAAGCAAAGGGAAAUCCACCACAAAUAUGGAAUUUCCGCAUUUAAUGCAGAUGAUGGCGAUGACGGAGAAAUUGAAAAGAGAAGAAAACGAAGAGAGGCAUUCAGAGAAAUGGCUGAUGAGGCAGCCAGAGGAGCUGGAAUAAUUGAUAUAAAUGAGCUUAUUCAGGAUUUACCAUUAGCUGAGCAGUCAGAGUGGAGCGAACAUGUUGAAAAUAUUAUUCGACGGUUAUUUAAAGUAUUUCUACAGGACUUCAAACUUUCUUCAAUGUACAAAACCAUUUCAAACGGUGAAUGCAAAAUAGAAGAAAGAAACAUCUCUUUUGAAGAUCUCUAUUAUAUUAAAAAAAUUGAAGAAAUGGUACAGGAGGAAAAAACAAGUUUGUAUGUGGAUGUUAAACAUAUAUUUACUUUUUGUUACAAACUCUGGGAUUAUUUGAACCUCUACCCUACUCCAGUAAUUGAGUGUUUUAACCAAUGCGCGUACGAAGUUGUAACCUCUAUGUAUCAUAGCUUAUAUUUUGGGAAGUCUAUUAUGGUAAGAUUGAUUGGUCUAGAUUACAUUGAUCAGCUCAGGGAUUUAAGAGUAGAGUGGUUAAAUCAGUUAAUUCGAGUUUCUGGAAUUAUUACUAGGAGAACCGACAUUUUGACAAGAUUUAAAUCUCUAUAUAUGGAAUGUGUUAAAUGUGGUUGUGACAAUUUGGGUCCUUAUGAAGACAACCCAUUGUUCGAGGGGGGAUCUCUAACCGAAAAUAGUUCAAUCAUGAAAAAUAUUGGUAAGUGUACCGAUUGUCAGAGCAAGGGACCUUUUGUAAUUAACAGGGAAAAGACGAUCUAUGAAAACUACCAGAAGCUAACUAUACAGGAAUCACCUGGAAGCGUUCCUGCUGGAAGAGUUCCAAGAUCAAGGGAAAUUAUUGUGAAUGGGGAUUUAGUAGAUUAUGCCUGCCCGGGAGAAGAAAUCAUUAUUACUGGAAUUUACAGAACAUUUAGAGACCAAAAGUUAAAUAUCAAGUCAGGAUUCCCAAUUUUAGGAACCCAAAUUUUCUGCAAUAAUAUUGAAAAGAAGCAUGACGCUCUUAGAAAAGAUGAUCUCACAGAUGAAGAUUACAAGAAAAUUAAGGAGUUAUCCAGGGAUCCCGACGUUAAAGAAAAGAUUAUUUCCUCAAUAGCACCAUCCAUUUAUGGCCACAAUCAUAUUAAGACAGCAAUUGCUUGCUCGCUGUUUUCUGGAGUCAGAAAGCAGGUAGAAGGCAAGCAUCACCAUAUUAGAGGUGAUAUUAACGUUUUGAUUGUUGGCGAUCCUGGACUUGCAAAAAGUCAGUUCCUCAAGUACGUAGAAAAGAGUUUUGAUAGGACUAUCUACACCUCAGGAAAAGGAGCUUCAGCAGUUGGUUUAACAGCUUCAGUUAGAAGAGAUCCAGUUUCUGGUGAAUGGACACUUGAAGGUGGUGCUUUAGUUCUUGCAGACGAGGGGAUCUGCCUGAUUGAUGAGUUUGACAAGAUGAGCGAUAAAGAUAGAGUUUCCAUUCAUGAAGCAAUGGAACAACAAAGUAUUUCAAUUUCAAAAGCAGGCAUUGUGACAACAUUGCGUGCUAGAUGCAGCAUUAUUGCAGCAGCAAAUCCAAUAUUCGGCAAAUAUGAUUCCAGCAUGACGUUUAAGGAUAAUGUAGAUCUAACGGACCCCAUCAUCUCUCGUUUUGAUGUUUUAGCAGUUUUGAAGGAUGAGGUUCAUCCAAUGAAGGAUGAGCUAUUGGCAAAUUUUGUGGUCCAAUCUCACAUGAAUAGUCAAGAAAUGUAUGGGGGUAGCAGCAUGGACCAGCAUGAUCAGGAGAAGAAGUUUUCUUCUGGUUUGAGCGAUACGAGCCAAAAUUGUGAACAGAGAUUUGCUCCAAUAGACCAAAAGCUACUUUGCAAAUACAUCCGAUAUGCAAGGAAGUACUGUAAACCACAAAUCAGAAGUGUAGACAAAGAAAAAAUUACAACAUUCUACUCAAGAAUUAGGCAAGAGGCACAACAGACAGGAGGUAUUUCAAUGACUGUAAGGCAUAUAGAGAGUAUUAUUCGUCUUGCAGAAGCUCUGGCAAAGAUGAGGCUCAGCCCAGUUGUAUCAAAUAAGGAUGUUGAUGGGGCAAUUGGUAUGGUUCUUGAGUCAUUUAUUCAAAGCCAAAAAUAUGCAGUUGCUCAAAGACUUUCCAAGAUUUUCUCUAGAUACAAGGCAUUGAGCAGUGGAUUUGUGGAUGUAUUGGAAAAUUUACUAUUACAAUUGUUCUCUGAUAAGAUUCAAAAAAUCAAACUGAGAAAUUGGGACGAAGAACAGAUGAAUACUAUUGUGGAAGAAGUUGACAACCUGACUAUAAAUUUGGAUGAUUUUAUAGCAAUAGCAGAGAAAAUCAAACUAUCGCAUAAUGUCACAUUAUCAUACCUAAAAUCAUCCUCAUUCUUAAAGCACUACGUCAUAUCGGAGACUAUUGACUCCAUGGGAAAUAACGUCAAAAUUAUUUGUAAAAGAAGUAAUACAGACCAAGAUUCUCAAAGCCAACUUUCCAUGUAA